AAGUAGGUCACGAGUUUGCCUUGUGGAUCUAGCAUCACAGAGCAGGACUCUCAGCGCCGUCAAGGGUUAACGACGGUUGUCACAGCACGAGAAAAACCCGCAUUCCCCCCUUCCCCAGAAACCGGCGUUUAAAAGGAUGAAAUUCACGCUAAACACCGUAACGAAAUGUUCCGGCCGCCUUGGCCUCUGGAAUGGCUUGGAGCGUCUACCGAACGUGGCACUACAGACACCAGGAUUAAUAUUCCACACGAAGGGUGGCAGUGUUCCGCAUGUGAGCAAAGAAGUCCUGCAGCAGCUUUCCAGUGCACCCCAGUUCCUGCAGAUGAGCAUUUCCAACACGAUACACAUGCAGGAAGCGGUACAGGGGUGCCAGAAGACGCUCGGUCAAUUCGUGGUCCAGAACGAUGCGGUCAGCAUGCUGGUGCUACGCGAUCCCUCCGAAGUGCCCGUUUCCGGUGUACCGGAGCGUGAUGCCGUACCGAUCUAUACACGCUGUGGGCGGCGCACCGUGAAGGUGGACGCGUACAUGCGUCUCGUCGAAACGUUUCAGCCCGAUCUAUACGUCCCACUGUACGAUGGGGACACGGAGCUCGGCUGCUCGAAGAAACGGGAACAAAAAUCGGUGGAACGUACAGAAACGCUCGUUCAAGAGUGUCUCGAGUGGCACCGUAAAUCGGAGAAGCUUAGCGGCCACCACACCAGUCUGAUUGCUCCCGUCGUUGGCGGGUACAGUGAGAAGUUGCGCGAGAAGGCGAUCGAGUGGCUGCGACAGACGGAGCACGAUUUCGCUGGUUAUCUGAUCGAAGGAUUGCACACGUACGAUCCGAGCCUCGUUUCGAGAAUAACCAGCGAGACCAUCCUGCCGAUCGUAACGCCCGUCUGUAAGGCACUGCCAGAGGAACGGGUACGGCUCUGCUUCGGUGCGUACGAUCCGACCGUGGUGCUCGAACUCGUGUCUGCCGGGGUGGACGUGUUCGAUACAAGCUACGUGUAUCUGAAGGCAGCUCAGCAGCACCGGGCGCUCAUCUUUUCGUUCAAUGUGUCCGCGCCGGAAGCGGAAGAGCAGCAGGAAUCCAGCCAACACACCACGGAACUGGACACUACGGAUACGCGAUGGGCCGAAGAUUUUAGUCCUCUGCUGGCCGGAUGCAGCUGCUACACGUGCCAGAAACAUUCCAAAGCGUACGUUCACCAUCUAUACAACACGCGCGAGAUGCUCGGACCGAUUCUACUUAUGAUCCACAACCUACAUCACUAUAUGGAGUUCUUCAAAACCAUUCGACAUCACGUAGCCCAGGACACGCUGCCGCAAUUGAGGGAACAUCUAUCGCUUCAACGCACCCUUCCGCCGUAUGUGGAGAAGGAAGAUAAAAAGCAGGCGAUACCGAUGGGGAGAAAGGAAGCAACACCACCUGAGGAGCCUGCCGUGGAUCUAGAAGAGAAGCUGGCGAAAAAGCAACGAUCUUAGUGACGAUUACUGGUACUGGGACCGCGCAAGAUAACAACGACAUGCGUGUCCAAUAUACUGUAAUACAUAUUCA